AUGCCUCUCCAGGCAUACCGUCCCCUGCCAAAGGGCAUAUACACUCCCCUUCCUACAUUUUUCAAACUCAACGAAGAUUUGGAUCUCGAAGCCUACAAGACGCACGUUCGAUACGUUGCUGCCGCCGGGACCGUUCCUGUAAUAUCAGGAUCUGCUGGGGAGGCUCCGCAUCUGACCUCCCAGGAACGCAGUUUGUUGAUCAAGGCAGCCCGCAACGUACUUGAUGAUGGAGAAGGGACUCUGAGCAGCGUACCGAUUGUGGCAGGCGUCGGUGCUCCAAGCACACGAGAGACCAUCCAACUGGCCCACGAUGCGAAAGCGGCUGGUGCCGACUAUGCCAUGGUCCUGCCCUCGGGCUACUACGCGGGACAGCUGUCCAAUAGAACGGCAUUGACCAAAUACUUUGUCGACGUGGCAGAAGCAAGUCCAUUGCCUAUAGUGCUUUACAAUUUCCCGGCUGUGUCUGGGGGUAUUGACCUGGAUAGCGACUUGAUCGUGGAUGUAAUCAAGGCCUGCCCGAAUGUUGUGGGUGUGAAACUUACUUGUGCCUCGGUUGGGAAAAUUACACGUAUCAAUGCGAUUACCUCGACUGCCGAAUUUCAACAAAAGUAUCCACGCCAAGGCCAGCAAAGCGAGUUUCGAAUAAUCGACGGAUUCAUUGAUAUUCUUCUUCCCUCGAUCGCCAGUGGCUCUGCAGGAGCUAUUUCCGGGCUUCCAAAUAUUGUACCGAGAACUUGCGUCCGGUUGUGGCAGCUGUCAGACUCUAUUCCCGGUUCAGAUGACUUCAAGGAAGCACAAAGAUUACAGGCAGUCUUGGCACUAGCAGAUGGAGCAUGCCAGAAAAUUGGUCCGGAUUGA